UUUGGAUAAAAAAGGCUUCUGGAGUUUUAUUUAAUAAAAUAUUUAGCCUUUCUAGUGAGAGUAUGUAUGUAUUUCAAUUGUUUGAUGAAACCAAAGUUUUGGACUUAUUGAUUGAAAUAGUUUAAAUUUCGUCUGGUUGAACCUUAGACUUAGGUGCCAAAUUAAAACUUUCUUCAAUAGCGAAAAGUAGUAAAACCCGACCCGGAAAUGGUUACCAACAAAACAUCAACCAUUAUAACACAACAACAUAUGACAUAUACAAAUCGGACGGGUCAACGUAAAAAUGGGUUCGGAGGAGAAGGAACCACCGUCUUCAAACCGUCGAUUAUCAUGCUCCCCCUGCUUCGAUGCUCUUUGGUUCUGCUACUCUCCGGUGCAUCAAAUGCAGCAGUACUAUAGACUAGGAGUUCUUGAUAAUUGUUCUGAGAAAUGGAGUGCUCUUGUUGAUUGUUUAACUCUCAAGACUAAGAGAUCUUCUCAAAUUCAGGAAAUUUUAGACACUCGCGAGAGGGCGAAGCCGCCCCACAUUUGGACUUUCCGGACGCCAGAAGAAGCAUCAACUCACUGGAAAGAGCUGUUUGGAGAUAUAGAUAAAGUUGAAUGAGGACUCAAUUUUGACAGUCUCUUUUAAGGUGGUGGCUGUAUUAUGCUUUUGCUUUACCAAAAUAAGAGAACCAUAGAAUUAUAGCGGCUAAAAUGCAGGCUUAAUGGCUAGUGCCAUCCGAUAUCUACUCAGAGAAAGGCAAUUUCUUUUUCUUUUCUUCUUCUUCUUUUUUUUUUUUUUUUGGUUUCCCAAUUUUGGGCUCGUAUUUUAGCUUCUGUUUUCCAUUCGAUGCAAAUGGUUUGCUUAACUGAGUUGCUUGGCAAAGUUGGCAAAGUAACAGUCAGAUUUUUUGUUUGUUCCAUUAAUGACAUGGAUUAGAUUUUUCAUA